UACACAUCAGCAGCAUGGGACGUUUUCUCGCGCCCCAACAAUAGAGUGGUACGUACCAUUAUUACCGAUUUCAAUAGGGACGUUUUCUUGUGGAUAUACGUAAUUUCACACUACUUCUCUUAGAAAGAAAACAAAUGUCACAUACGGGUAAAAAUCAAAGUGGUUUUAUGACGCGAAACCUGAUGUAAGCUUAACCGGACUAGCUUUAUUGCCAAUUUCAUCAACAUUUGCCCAGAGAAUCCCUUUGGAAAAAAAGUGGCUGGAUUCAUCUCUGCCGCCGCCUCUUCCAGCAGGAGUACAUUUGAUUACGGAGACAGUACAACCAUGGAUCCGACCCGGGGAUUUAAAUUUUUGGACACGGUGGCACACUCUGCUGCUCAGUAAGGAUGGAGAGAAAAUAAGAGGGUUUUUUUUUUCUUCUUACAAACGUAUCAGGUAGCGGUUUCUCAGCAGAAGGAUGCCGCUGGUGAAGCGCACCAUCGAGCCCAGGCACCUGUGCCACACGGUGCUGCCAAGAAACAUCAAAAACGAGCUGGAAUGUGUGACUAACAUCUCCUUGGCCAACGUCAUCCGCCAGCUCAGCAGCCUCAGUAAAUAUGCAGAGGACCUGUUUGGAGAGCUCUUCAAUGAAGCACACUCCUUUUCUUUCCGGGUCAACUCCCUGCAGGAGCGCGUGGACCGCCUCUCCAUCAGUGUCACACAGCUGGACCCCAAAGAAGAGGAACUGUCUCUUCAGGACAUCACCAUGAGGAAGGCCUUCAGGAGUUCUACUGUUCAGGACCAGCAGCUGUUUGAUCGCACGUCUCUGCCUGUCCCACUGCAGGAGACGUACCACACCUGCGAGCAGCCCCCACCGCUCAACAUCCUCACACCCUACAGAGACGAUGGAAAGGAGGGUCUAAAGUUCUACACCAAUCCAUCCUAUUUCUUUGACCUGUGGAGAGAAAAGAUGCUUCAGGACACAGAGGACAAGAGGAAGGAGAGGCGGAAACAGAAGCUGGAAAUGCCUUAUCUUGUGUGUCCCAAGAGCCUUAUAAGAGUCCUCUCUGAAACCCCUCCUCCCUCCCUUACUCCCCCAGAGUUGCAGGACCCCCGCAUGUAUGAUCAGGUCUAUAGGUACUUAGACCUUCCAGGGCAGCUGAAGGCGAUCGACCGUCCACACGAGCCGGAGAAGAUACCGCGAGCACCUCACGAUCGUAAGAAGGAGUGGCAGAAACUGGCACUGGGGGCAGAGCUCGCCCAGGACUUACCUGAAGACAAACACAGAGAGGCCAACGGAUCUGCGGGUUAUCACGACAACAGGACUCAUUUGUACAUGGAGCAUUUGGACGGGCCCUUCUCACUGGCGGCGCUGCCCUACACUCAGAUGAACGAACUGCUUAACCGUACAGGGGACAGAAUGUAUUCCCGACCUCACGACCCUCCACCGCCGCCACCUCCUAUGCACCCACUGGGAGAGAUAAAGCCACCUUCUGUGAUCAGGUGGGUCGUCAGCCUCAGUUUUCACUUUGUUGCUCUGGCUCUCACCUACACCUAAAACAUAAAUGUGCGUUUCAAGCAGUUUAAAAAAGUGCUAAGGAAUUAUCUGUAACUACUGUGAUUCCCUCCCCAUCUCUUAGCCUUGAUUAUCUCAUUUUCUCAUGCACAUCCGUCAGUAUCAUAGACCGGCCUUCAAUUACUGGUUCUGAAGAGGUUGAUGAAUGUGUGGUUUGAGAGUGUGUGGAACAAAGAUGAAGUAAAAUAAGAAAAAGGCUUGUUGAAGGGCAGGAUCAGCUGUGUGUUAAGGCCACUGAACAUAUUACAGGUUGUUUUUCUGCUCACAUAUUGGCCGCUUAUGUAGCUGUUUUUGAAAGGAUGAAGAGAUCAGAGGGAAUGAUUAAGGUAACACUGGAGAAAUCUUGCAUUGAUUUUUUUUUUUUUUGCACUUGCCCUUGCAUCUGCCUUCGCCUCUCGCUCUUUUAUUUACUUUAUUCUGAGCUUUAAUUGGUGCUGAUUUUCCUUUUUUUUGCCAUUUUAAAAGUUCCCGUCACCAUGUUCCAUCGUAUCUUAUUUUCUCGCUUCACCUCCUCUGAAAACGUUCCUUUAC